AUGAAGGUAAAGAUGAAGAAUAUUUUAUUGGAUAUGAUAAAUGGAUUAAAGGAAAAAGGUGUUAAAGAUGGAUUACAAUCUAUAAUUCAAAAUAUUAUUACUUUAGAUAAUAGUGUAAUGCUAUAUUUAAUUAUAACAGGAAAUAGUAUUAAAGCAACUUUUGAUAAAGAUGUAUUAACAGAGAUAUAUGCAUCUUUAAAUAAUAUUAACUAG